UUAACACGGGACACACACACACACACCGGAGCGAACAGAGGACACACACACACACACACGCUCACUCACACUCAGCUGAGGUCCACCUGUCCUGCAGGGAUUGUUUUCUUGUCGGAGUCCGCUGACGGGUGACCUGUCACCAUGUUCAAGAAAAGGACCAAGUCCACGGCUAUAACGCAGCCGAAGACAACGGCUCCGUCAACAGAACUGAGCGCUCUGAUCGAGAAACUGCAAAAGAAUGCUGAUAAAGUGCAGAAGAACAUCUAUGACGUCGAGCAGAACCUCAACAAGGAUGUGAGUAAGAUUAAUGAGGGGAAGCCGACGCUGUAUCAGGAUGACACCAACAAGCGAAUCCUCAACUCUCUGGAGCUGCUCACUGGCCUGGACGAGGACGCCGUCGAGGCAAAGCGCCUCCAGCAUCCACAGGCCGAGAUGAUAGAACAAGACAUGAAGCAGCUGCGUGACAGAGUGAUGAAGCUGAGAGAGGACCAUGACCAUAUCUACCACCUGAGCCGGACUGAGGGGAAGCCCAGCAUCAACUGGGGCACCAUGAUGGACGAUAAACUGGCCAACCUGAACAAUAAAGGCUUUGGAGAGGACCUGCCGUCUGUGGAGAACGAGGUGGAGGAACACAACAUCUUCCACAGUGAGGUGGAGGCUCUGGCCCCGCACAUCUCCACCAGUGGAGACAAGGAAUACGUCAGUGGCCUCCAGAUGAAGUACAACAAAUUGCUGGCCAGUUCCACCGCUCGUCAGCGCAACCUGCUGAGCCUGCGGGACUACAUGCAGCGCUGCACCAAUGAGCUGUACUGGAUGGACCAGCAGGCCGAGGAGAGGCUCAACUACGACUGGAGCGACGCCAACCUGGGCUACCCCGCCCGCCAGAGGCAGUAUGAGAACUUCAUCAGCAAGUGUCUGGAGUCCAAGGAGGCCACCAUCACCAAGCUGAAUGACGACGGGGAGAAGCUGAUCGCCUCUGACCAUCCAGGGAAGAACGUCAUUUCGGCUCAUAUGGAGGCAGUCCAUGCUGACUGGAAGGAGUACCUGAACCUGCUCAUCUGUGAGGAGAACCAUCUCAAGCAGAUGGAUGAGUACCACAAGUUCCACAAGGAGGCUCGGGACACCCAGGACCUGCUGAAGCGGCUGGAGAAAGAUAUUAGCCAGAAGUACGACCCGGAGUUUAAAGAUGUGUAUCAGAUGGAGGGUCUGAUCCAGGAGUUAGAUGACCAAGCCAAAGCCAUGAACCACUUUGAUGAGCGGGUCAGUGCUCUUCAGAAGCGCAGCCUGCAGGUCGUGCCUCUGAAGUACCGGCGGGAGACCCCCCAGAAGCUGCUGCCCGUGGAGGCCCUGUGCGAAUACGACACAGAAGAUGGGCAGAUUCUGCGUGGGGAGAGGUACACUCUGCUCCGGAACAAUGGGAACAAAUGGGACGUGAAGGAUACGCACGGACGUAAAUACACUGCUCCAGCCGUCUGCUUCAUGAUCCCCCCCACUGACCCCGAGGCAGUGGCCAUCGCUGACAACAUGGCCAGCCAGCAAAAAGCCGUCAAGCAAAAAAUGGCAAGCAGCAAGGGAGUUCUGCAGAAACGCUACGAUGAGCUGAGGAAGGCGAGUGGGACCGGCACAGCUACAGACAAGCAAGAGCAGCAGUGCCGCCAGCUGAUGGCUGGUCUGGAUAAGGUUGUCAGUGACCUGGACAAACAGGAAAAGGCUAUUUAUUCUCGAGUGCGCCCACCACUGGAGCAGAGCAGGCCACUGCAGGACAGCUCCGACCGCCUGCAGGAUAUGAAGGACAUUGCUACCGCUGUCAAGAAGAUUGAGCCAGAGAAGUCAUCUAAAGUGCAGGAAGCAAAGAACUUCUUGGUCUCAAACCCAAACUGUGCCAGCGCUCCUCAACUCCACAGCAAGGUGGAUGGAGCCAACAAAAAGUACACCAAAGUUGAGCAGCUUCUUCAGUGCUCUGAGGAGAAACUGAAGAAUUCCAACCAGCUGGAGAAUUCCAUUCAAAAUGGCAAGAAUUUUCUCUCCACCAUUGAGAACAGGCUGGCCAGGGAGGAGGUGGCUCCAGCCGACAUGUCGUCCCUCGAGAAAACACAGCGUGAACUUGCAGAUGCUGCAUCAAACCUGAGGUCCAAGAGGUCACUUAUCACUGACACAGAGCAGAACCUUCGCUUGGCCAAAGGCAGCUGCGACAACAUGGCCACCAAAUUCCAAGAGCACUGCCCCGACAUUGAGAAGCAGCAAGCGGAGGUCGAGAAGCUCAACAAGCGCUACAACAACCUCAACAAGCAGCUCGACUCCAGGUCUCAGAGCUUGCAGAGAGCAAAGAUUUCGUACAACAAUUACCGCAAUGAUUACGACAAUCUGAACAACUGGUUGUCUCGUGUCCCAAACUACGAGCCCCGUGAAACUGAUGACGCGAGACAAGUGGAAACCAAGCUGAAGAAUCAGAGGAACUUGCUCUCUGAUCUUGCAAGAAAGGAGUCUGACUUGAACAACGUCUCCAAAAAUGCUCAGCUUUACCAGCAAGCUGUCAGAGACUAUGAGAAUGAAACUGAAAAGUUCCGAUCCAUCCUUGACCUUGAGGAUGGCGUUGUAUCUCAGACAUACAAGAGGAGCAGACUGGAAUCACCUGCACUGGUUGUCAAGGCAGAGGAAGCUGCUAUUGAGGCUAAGUUUACUGAGGUUAAUGCUGUGAGCAAACAAAAGCUACAGAAUCUGGAGUUUGCCCAGAGUCUUCUCAACCAGCAACCGGACACCACUGUAAUCCAGGCUACAAAUGUCCGGUCGGUCAAUGCUGCUGCCCCGGGACAAGAGACAUGGAGAAUCAAGAAGCAGCUGGAGGACGAGAUCCAAAGGAGGGAGCAGCUUGAGAGAGAAGUUGAAUCCAUCCAGACUGACAUCUAUGUCCUUGAAGGGCAGAAGCCCCAGGACACAAUUGUCAAGAAGGAGCUGAUCAAAAAGGUCGCUGACCCGCAGCUGGAUGAGGAAGUCCAUAAGGUCCAGCAGAAACUCUCGGAGGAGCGCCGCACUACCCAUGUUUUGGAGAAUGACCUUGAGGUACUUAAGUUGAAGUUACGCGGCCUGGAGACGGAGAUCAAAGAAGGGGCACAGCAAUAUACUGUGAAGGAGGUCUUGCGUAUAGAAAAAGACCGUGGUCAGGAGGAGGAGAUGCGCAAGCUUCGCGAGGCGCUCGAUGAGCUAAGACGGCAGAAGAUGACGAAAGAUUCUGAGCUGAUUGAGAUACAAAAGCAGGUGACACUCCUGGCUGAGGAGAAGAACAGGGAGCAGGAGGUGAUCACCGAAGAGGAAGUGAUCAAAGUCCAGAAUGAUCCACAACUUGAGACAGAGUACAGAGUGCUCCUUGACAGGAAGCAGAAGGAAAUGGAUGGCAGGAAGCAGCUAGAGGAUGAACUUCAGUUUCUUCAGGAGAAGCUCAGAAGGAUGGAGAAGGAGAAGGCAAUGGCAGAGGAAAAGAUCUCUAUCAAGGAGGUGCUAAAAGUCGAGAAAGAUGUCGCCCUCGAAAGAGAGGUGGAAAACCUCAGAAGGCAGUACGAAGACGAGAAGGCCAAACGAAGAUCAUCACAGCGGGAAAAGGCUGACCUUCAGAGGAAAAUUACCAGUCUCGAGGAGGAGAAGUCCAAAGUCGUCAUUCAAGAGAAGGUGCGGGAGAUUGUCCGCCCUGACCCCAAGGCUGAGAAUGAAGUUGCCAAUCUCCGGCUUGAACUCGUAGAGCACCAGAGGCGCUACAAAGAUUCAGAGCUCCAACUUCGAUCCCUGCAGGAUGAGCUGAACAUGCUGAGGAACAGAGGGCCUCAAGUGGAGGUCAAAGAGAUCAUCAAAGAAGUCAUCAAAUACAAGACGGAUCCGCAGACGGAAAGAGAACUGGAGAGACUUCGCAUCGAAAUUGUAGACAAAACCCACCACACUGAGAAAGCCGAGAUGGAAAUCCGUCAGCUUCGUGAUGAGAUUCAGAGAUGGAGGGACACCAAACCCCAAGUGCAGACGAAGGAAGUGGUCAAUGAGGUGCUGCAAUACAGAGAAGACCCCAAGACCAAGGAAGAAAUUGAGAUCCUCAAAAAGAAACUGGCUGAUGAACAGAGUAAACGCCUUGACCUUGAGAGAGAACGGUCAGCCCAAGAAGAGAAAAUCCGACUGAAGAAAAUGGAUCUGUCUCAGGUCCGUGAGAAAAUCGUUCACCAAGAAGUGGUCAAGAUGGAAGAAGAUGUUGUCCUCAAGUCAGAGUGUCAGACCUUCUCACAAAACAUCAGCAAUGAGCAGAAACAAAAGGAGAGCCUGAAAAUGGAACUCAACCAACUGCAGAGACAAAAGGCUGACCUGGACAUGCAACUGGAAGAACUGGAGCGUGAGCGCAAGGCAAGGCGCGAUGCAGAAUUGGAGAUCCAAAGGCUCCGGGUCAGACUUCAUGAGCUGGAGAUCCGUGAUAAAGAAAACCGUGAGAAAGUGACCGUCAAACAGAAGGUAGUCCUGCAGCAGGAUCCCCAGCAGGAGAAGGAACACUCCAUGCUCAAACUUCAGCUGGAAGAAGAGAGGCACAAACGCACUCUGCUUGAGAAAGAAUUGAAUGCUCUCAUCCAGCAGCAGCUCACCCUGGAGAAAAUGGAUGUGAAGGAAAGAGUUGUCCGCACGGAGAAAGUCCAAGUUGAGAGAGACCCAGAGGCAGAGUUUGAGAUUGAAAACCUAAAGAGGACUCUGGAAGAGGAGAAAAGGAGGAGGCGAGAACUUGACCAGGAGCUGACCAUACUCACCACCAGAUACUCUGACAUGGAGUUCUCGAACACCAAGUCUUCUAAAGAACUGGACUACAUCCGUGAUGAAAGUAACCGGCUGGUGCAAGAGAACCAAAGGCUGCAGAAUGAGAUCCGCAAACUUCGCUCAGAAAUUGAGAUCACCACCAAAGAGACUCGUCUUAUCACCGAGUCAGCACCAAGGGAGGAUGGAAAGAACCUGGAGCUGAGGCUUGAUUCUCUACAGAGAGAACUCGCAGAGCUCAGGCGCAUAACCACACAGAAGGAUGAAGAGAUCGAGAGGCUUCAAAAGAACCUGACAGCAGUGAGAAUGAAGAAGGAACAGAGGGAGAGUCAUCUCCGCAGAUCCAUCGUGGUCAUCGAUCCAGAUACGGGCAAAGAGAUGCGACCUGAAGAGGCCUACAAGCUAGGGCUGAUCGACUGGAAGAUGUUUGUCAACCUGCAGAGCCAGGAGUGCGACUGGGAGGAGAUUACAGUGAAGGGGCCCAAAGGAGAGUCCUCGGUUCUUCACGACAGAAAAUCAGGGAAGAAGUUCUCUAUCGACGAUGCUCUGCGUCUUGGGCAUAUCACAGAUUACCACCUUCAGCAGUACAUAAACAAAGAAAUCUCCAUCCAGGAGUUUGGAGUAAUGGUGUCGGGCAAGAAGUGAAUGCAAACAGGAAAGGGUGGCGCAGUUUCAUUCUGAUUCUUCAAGAUUUCUUCUGUUUCAUUCCCGUUGAUUAUGAAUCCCUUUGUUUCAUUGUACUUCCAUUUUGACUUUAAAACUAUGGUGACUUGGCUUUUUUUUUUUGUACUUUAUUCAUGAUUCCUAAAUGCACUCUGUAUUUAUUUGCUUAUGCAUAUUCAAAUUUGUGGUACUGGCAUCAAUAUAUGGAUAUAUAUUGCAAUUGUUACAGCCUAACAUAACAUAUAUAACAUAUUAUGUGAUAAAACAUAACAUUUUACGUGGAAGGUAAAGUUUUGGCAGCUGAGCUUUAAAUUCUUUCACUGGGUACUUGGGUAAACAGCAUAUGUUUGAUUUAAUAUUGCCAUUGACAUUCAACAGGGUACCAAAUGUUUCAUAUUGGUGGGGUUUCCCAGGGUUCUCUGAUGUGUACUCUGCAAGCUUCAAUAAAAGUCGAAUCAAACUGGAAAAA